AUGUGGCGCACUUUGAUUCGGUCCUGGGAUGGCCACGAAGACUGGAGCAUGUCAAGUGGAGCCGAUGCCAACGUGCCGUUAGAACCUCUCCAACCCGUUCCAUGUGAAAGCCCGCGGUAUUUUUGGGCUGUGCGGGCGAUGCUCACGAAUUCCGGCUCACUAGGCCGUGUGGUCGCUUUCGAAGACGGACUACCCCUUCGACCCUCAGACCUUUUUUCUCAAGCCUCGAGUCAGGCUAGCCCGAAGCGAAAUAGUCUGUGGUUAUCUGGCUCGCGAGGUCAUAUUGUGCUGUAUUGGUAG